UUUCCAUCUAUUAAUUUUUUUUUUUUUGCCCCGCUUUGGAAACAUUUCAAUUUCAGUCUAAGAUUCACAGAGAAAGAGAGAAGUCAUUCAUGGCCACCUGCAGCAUGGCAUCGGCUGCUUCUGGAUUUGUGUUGGCGCCUAUAGCUGGAGGCAGCUCAGCUUCUGCCUCCAGGACCUCCAUGCUGGGCUUCUCUUCAAAGAACAACUCAAGGCUUGUGGUCAGGGCUGCGGAGGAGGCUGCGGCGCCGCCUCCACCUCCCACCCCCGAUGCUCCCCCGGCCGAAGGUGAAGCUCCCAAGCCCAAGCCACCUCCUAUUGGCCCCAAGAGAGGUGCUAAGGUUAAGAUUCUUAGGAAGGAAUCCUACUGGUACAAGGGCAUUGGUUCUGUUGUUGCUGUUGAUCAGGACCCCAAGACUCGGUACCCAGUCGUAGUCCGAUUCAACAAAGUUAACUAUGCCAAUGUAUCGACAAACAACUACGCCUUGGAUGAGAUUGAGGAAGUCUAAUGGGUCAAUAGUCAUCUGCUGUAACUGUAACUUUAAAGUCAUGUCACAAAGGUGAAUCUGUAUUAUAUUCUCUUUCAAGUCCAUCGUUUCAUCUCUGUAUGCUACGUCUCUUGUGCAAUUGCUCAUAAAUUACCCCGCUUUUCUAUUGGAA